CGCCGGUCAGAGCGGUAGCGGCCAUGGCGGUGUGCGCGCGGCUGUGCGGCGUGGGCCCGGCCCGCGGGUGCCGCCGGCGGGGGGCGGCGCGGGAGCAGCGGCGCGGGGGCGCGGGCGACAGCGAACCCGACACCGACACCGACCCGGAGGAGGCGGGCGGCGGCGGCGGCGGCGCCGCCACGGAGGAGGACGAGGAGGUGGCGGAGCGCAUCGAGGGCGGGAGGCCCGCGCCGCACCCCUGCGAGGCCGGGCGAGCGCCGCUGUCUCUGCUGGAGCUGCCGCCCGAGCUACUGGUGCAGAUCUUCGGGUCCCUACCCGGCACCGACCUGCCCAGCCUGGCCCGCGUCUGCACCACCUUCCGCCGCAUCCUCCGCACCGACACCAUCUGGCGGCGGCGCUGCCGCGAAGAAUACGGUGUCUGUGAAAACUUGCGGAAAUUGGAGAUCACGGGAGUGUCCUGUCGAGAUGUUUAUGCCAAACGUAUAAACCCACGAGUGAAGUCGGGGCGUUUUAUGAAAAUCCUUCCCGACUACGAGCACAUGGAGUACAGAGAUGUUUACACCUGCCUGCUGCACCGAUACCGACACAUCCUGGGAUUAUGGCAGCCAGACAUCGGGCCCUAUGGGGGACUGCUGAACGUCGUGGUAGACGGUUUGUUCAUUAUCGGCUGGAUGUACUUGCCACCUCAUGACCCUCAUGUUGAUGAUCCGAUGAGAUUCAAACCUCUUUUCAGGAUUCAUCUCAUGGAGAGGAAAUGUGCAACAGUGGAGUGUAUGUAUGGUCAUAAGGGACCUCAUAACGGCCACAUCCAGAUUGUAAAGAAGGAUGAGUUCUCCACGAAAUGCAACCAAACAGAUCACCAUCGGAUGUCAGGGGGAAGGCAAGAGGAAUUCCGGACAUGGCUAAGGGAAGAGUGGGGUCGGACUCUGGAAGACAUCUUCCAUGAACACAUGCAAGAACUCAUCUUGAUGAAGUUCAUCUACACCAGCCAAUACGACAACUGCUUGACGUACCGACGCAUCUACCUCCCUCCUAGCAGCCCUGAUGACCUUAUAAAGCCAGGACUCUUCAAGGGAACGUAUGGGAGUCACGGGCUGGAGAUAGUCAUGUUGAGCUUUCAUGGAAAGAAAGCGAAGGGGACUAAAAUCACUGGAGAUCCCAACAUCCCAGCUGGGCAGCAGACUGUGGAGAUUGACCUGGCGCAUCCGCUGCAGCUACCCGACAUUGAGAACCUUCACGAUUUCAGUGAGCUCUCUCGCGUUGUCCUGGAGGUCCAGGAACAGAUACAUCGGGAGGAGCAGGAGAAGGAACUCCAGGAGGAGGAAGACAACCGCUCCCAGCAGGCUGCCUCUCAGCCAGCUGCAAAUCCAGGGGGAGGAGAAGGUGCCGAAGGGGAAGAGACUGCAGCUGGGGCAGAGGGGACAACCCAGGACAAGGCACCAGCUUCCCAUCCCUUCGUGCUGCCCAUGGGAGUCAUAUCGAGGAAUGAAGACUAUCCCCGGACCUGCCGAAUUUGUUUUUAUGGGACGGGGCUUAUUGCUGGCCACGGCUUCACCAGCCCUGAGCGAACACCAGGUGUUUUUGUUCUCUUCGAUGAUGAUCGCUUUGGAUUCAUCUGGCUGGAGCUGAAGUCCUUCAGUCUCUACUGCCGGAUCAAGGUCUCCUUCCAGAACGCCGAAGCGCCUUCCCGUGAGGCUUUUGAUGAAAUGCUGAAGAACAUUCAGUCGCUGGCUACUUGACGGGUGAUUUGUGAUGGACAGGGCUAGGGGUUGCAAAGGCUGCUGCACUCCCCAGCCAGGGCUGGGAUGAGCAUUCCUUGCUCUUGGUACCUCUGAAUAAAAGCAUGCACUUUUAAUAAAGCCUUUUUACCCCAAAUGUACACAUCCUGGUUAAAAUAUCCAUGACAGCCUUUUCCUCCUGCUACCCCACACUGCUCCCUAGCAGUCCUUGUUACCCAGUCUGUAACAUAGCUUUGUAUAGCUGAAGGGAUCCUGCAGAGGAGGAAAUAGACCUUUCUUAUUGCAAGGGGAAUGUAUUGGAACAAAAAUGACCCAAAGUCAGAGCUGAAUCAGAAGAACGUCUAUUUUACUGGAUGCACACAAGGCCUCUGCUCUGACCAUCCUUGGGGAUCUUCAAGACCAGCUUGGAUGAGGCUUUGAGCACCCUGAUCCAGUGCGAGGUGGAGCUCUUCUUCAUGGAAGGGACGCCUUUGCUGUGUUUGAGGCUGAUCUGGGAGACUUGCUUUACCCUCCUGAAAACCUGUCCAGUCCCCGCUGCAGACUGGUUGGCUGCUUAAUGAUAAAUUAUGGCAGCAGUGACAAAGCACGUCCUCCUCUCCAGAAACCUUUCUCUGGGUGCAGCAGCAUCAAGAGAGGCUGGUGUAAUACCUGCACCCUUGGCUUUGUAAUUGGAGUGGGUGGUUUCCUUUUGAGAAAUUCCCUCAGCUUGGCAGCAAGGGGAGGACUCCCCACUGCAAAUGACAACGUGUGUAGCGUUGCCCUGGCUUCUGCAGCUUGGUGGAUGUGCUGCCCCUGGGGCUCUAGGUCUGGGUGUUUCCAUGAACGUAGGGAAGAUGAUUCUUAUAGGAGCUGGAUACAGAACUGGAAAUGAGUGUAAACCACAGAACCUGGUGUGUUCAGAACCCGUUUUGUACAUGAAAGGUUCACCUCAGUUCUUUUAAACAGCCUGAAAAUACAAAGGAAGGGGAAAAAAGACUGAAAUAAGCCCGCUGACUCCUGUCGAUGAUGGGUAGCAGAAGGUGCCGUGUGUUGCUGGUAUUGAUGCAACCCCAGUUACGUGUCAUUCCUGUGUCACGUUGCUCUACGCAUUCUGAAGGAGCAGUGAGAGGUUCUCCUAGCGUUGCUGUGUAUUUUCUGGCCCCUUUUGUGGUUGGUGCUGACAGGUGGGUGCUCCUGCUCCAUUCACAGGACCCUUUUGUUCCCUUGCGACUCGCAGUUGUUUUGUCCCAGAUGAUUGCUGCUUGCACAGAAAUCUGGGCUUUAAUUUCUUUCCGUGAUACCUGCAUUCUGUGUGGCAGAUCUGAGCUCUGCUGGGAAGCGUAGGCCACAGGAGAGGAAGCAGAUUUCACGUAGACUGUCCUGCACAGGAAAAUCCUAGCUCGUGCUAAUGUAGAGACUGAGCAUUUGCAUCAGCGUGUGUUGUUAAUCCUGCAUAGGAAGAGGUUGUAAGACUCCUUGUGUGGAUAGAAGAGCUAUUUGUAAGGAAGCUCUGGGUUACAGGCAAUGCUCUGUCGCAGCUGCCCUGUGGCUGUGAUGAUAAACUCCAUGUUUCUUCUCUUCCCAGUACCAGCUGGCUUAGCAUCUAACAAAACUCUGCCUUUACAUCUGCAGGUUUUGGGUUGUAGAUGUGUUUGUACAUGGGUUGUGGAAGAAUUCAGGCCCCUUCUAUGGCGAAGUUUUAUUCACUGCUGAGUUGCUCUGGCUGUGAGCAGCUUUUAUUCUCACUCUCACAAGGGCUUUUUGCCAUUUCUGGCUCUUGAGCAUUCCCUCAAGCUGUGUGAGAACUGAGUCUCCAGCAGAGACUUUGAGCAGAAGGUCACGUCACUCGCAGGAUUAAUUCCUGUCUCUUAGGAUGAAGAUUUAAAAACCUCUGGGAAUUUGAAACUGAUUUGUGGCAUUUUUUUCUUAGUUUCUUACUGCUUUGUCAGUAGUGGAAAACCUGCUUCAGUGUUAGAGAUGAGGAUCUGAAGUGCUUUUAUAGCUAUAGCGAAUCAGCUAUAAAAAGUAAGUCAGUUCUGAGCAUCCUGUUGGGGUAUUCCUGUCAGCAUCAGCAGAGAGAGGGUUGACUUGGAUCUCACCCCAUUAUGCAGGGCUGGGAGAGAGGAACCGUGGCAGUUCUCCUAGACUUGGUGUGGGCACAGAGGUGAGCUGAAGCUAAAAUUGGGUACCUUGACCUUUGCUGCAGCUGCUGAGCUGCGUGCAGAGGAAGAGCGUGUGUUUCAUUUUGCAGACAGGUUUCCAACUUGACAAUGCGGAUUUCUGAGAUACCUGAAAACGUUACGAGGAGUCUGUUUGGCAUCUGAGUGGAUGGGUUAUCUUGGAGCUUGCUGUUGGGCUGGUGCAGCCAGUAUGUUAGCUGCUUUGUAUUCUUCCUGACAGCCUAAAGAGAUGAGAGUGGUCCCCUUGGGCAGCUCUUUCAGUUGCUUGUUCUCAAAACCAGCUCUGCUUCACCUGCAAAUCGAUCACUAGUUCUGCUUGUGAUUCCUCUUUGUUCAAUAUCCCCACUCACUUUAAAACAUAAAAAUCCUGAAGUUUUACAUAACUGACUUAAUGGUUUUUGCUUUUUGUCUUUAUAAAGAUUGAAAAUCCAGUCUGUACUGAAUGCACUACAAGCACUUGGCCCGAGACCUCAGUCAGUCUCGCGAGUACAAAUACUGACUCUGUAGCCAGUUGCCUCCCUGUAACCUGCUGUGGUGGGUUGGCUGAGUGUGUAAAGGUGGUGUAGGUGUGUUCUGCUGUGUGAGAAAAUGUUUGUGGUAGUUGUUACCUGCAGCUUAAGCUGCCCUGGGUAUCAGGAGUCUGCUGGGGAGCAGAAGGCAGCAGUGUUCUGCUCAGUGCUGAAUGCAGGUCUACUUUGUCACUUGGACAAGGACCUGUUGGUCGGCCGUUGACACAGGUUGUGCAUCUGCUGUUCUCCUGUCUGGGAUUGUUCCUCUGCUCAUAGCUUGUCCCUUCUGAGCCUUUUCAGUGGCAGUGUUAAGGGUCUCCCUUUCAAAGGCAACGCGUGCUUGGAGAGAAGGGCUUUGCAGAGGCUGGGUGCCAAGCAGGAACUUGUCACGGCUCAUCUUUGCCUCUGUAGAAGCAUCUUUUUAUUUAUAGUUUACCUGCUUGGCUUCAAAAUAUCAGAAAGCGUUAGUCCCGAUUAAAGGCAAAACUGCUGCUACACCAUGGCUUAAUUCUAUCUAGAGCAAAGCAAUGAAAAUAGCAAAUUUUAUAUUAAUGCUCCUCCUCACCUUUUGAUCCUUAAAGCCUGGCAGGCUUUUGUUGGCGUUUCAGGAGGAAAUUCCCUCCGAUUUGACUUAGGGAGAAGAAAGCUGUUAAGGUGGUGAAUUUGGAGACACUGGUGUAAAUGCUCUGGGUGCUUUGUCGAGUGCUUUGUGCACAGCUACAUCAGUGUUCUCGCAGAAAAGUAGCAUGGCACGAUGAGGAGUUACAACUUGCAGUUCUGAAAGCUUUGGGAGAGGGGAAUGAACAAGAGGAGUGCAGCCAGAUUUAGCAGCAGGCGGUUUGGAUCUGCAUUGCCCGUGGCUGAGGGGGAUGCGACCACAGCCUUAGUCCUACCUUCCCU